UAACCUCUCCCCUGCUUGUUAGCAGCAUAAACAAGCCGCGAAUACAGGCGGAGGUUAUUCUCGAAUUUAUAAUUAGUUGUUAUUUUGCAGUAUUCUUUUACAAUGGAAAUUCUAGAGCUCUUGCCAUCAAGCUUCGGAUAUGUCAUAUUUACAUACUUUUAUAGCUGGAUCAUGUUGAGUUAUCUUGGUAUUAAGGUUGGAGCUGCCAGAAAGAAAUACGAUGUGAAGUACCCUACCAUGUACAGUGACAAGGAGCAGGUGUUCAACUGCAUCCAGAGGGCCCACCAGAACACACUAGAGGUCUUCCCACAGUGGCUUGUGUUCCAAACCAUUGCAGCUCUUGUCUAUCCAACUUCUGCAGCUGUGCUGGGAGCCAUCUGGGUCACCAGCAGGUUCUCCUAUGCCUGGGGUUACUACACCGGAGAUCCAGCCAAGAGGAUGAAGGGUGCCUAUGGGUACAUUGGUUAUUUUGGAGUCAUCAUUCUUUCCAUCGCAGUGGCUUUGCAGUUGCUUGGAGUCUUGUGAGCCAGCUGGUUCUGUCCCCUAUUUGCACUUUUUACUAAAGAAAUAUAUCUCUUGCAAUUGCUUGUGCCUUUUUAUUCAAACAGCCACUAUGAUAUGUA